GGGGAGCCCCAGGACUCGAACCCGCGGCCCCUUCGCUGCGGGGGGCGGAGCUUCCUCCAACGGCGGGCGGUGCCGGGUCGGCGCGCAGCGCGGGUGUGCAGCGGGGGAGCUUCCAUGCUGAACGUGACAUCCUUGAAGCGUUCCCGGUUCCACGAAUGCCUGGCAGAGCUCUGGCCCGCAGUCCCCCAUGAGUUCAUCAGUACAGCGUUCUGCUUCGCCCCAGGCAUUUAGCCCUGAUCGCAAGAACAGCAUCAUUAGGAGGCAGAGACAGGAGCUCAAGCUGUUAAUUGCAGAACUGAAAGAUCGUGACAGGGAGCUCAAUGACAUGGUGGCAGUGCAUGAGAGACACAUUCAGGCCUGGGAAGAUGAUCGCCAGAAGAUACUGACUUUAUCAGAACAAUGCAGCUUAUUAACUAGUGAGCUGAACGAGAGAAAUGCAGUUAUAAAAUCACUGACCAAAAAGUUGAAGUUAUUAGAAUCCCAGCAUAAUGACAGUAAGAUAACACUUGAAAGCACAAGACAGAAGUUUAAAGAGCUCACUCAAAAAGUAACAGAUUCAUCUGUUCACUGCCAGGCUCUGGAGGAGAAAAAUCAGAGUCUCCACUGCUCAAUUUUGGAACUGUCUGCUAAAACAGGCCAGCUGCAAGCGAGGGAGCAGGAGCUUCUCUCUAUGCUUCAGAUGAAGGACAAGGCCUUAAUUGAAACAACUGAUCAGAUUAGUGAGGUUACAUCUAAAUUUAAAACACUGGAGAACACACUGCGUACAGCAAAGGAUGAAUUCAGUAACAGCAGGGAGCAGCAAGACCUCAACCUGACACUGAACGAUGUCAUGUGUCAAGUAAAUAAGAUGAAAGAUAUCCUCUCUGAAAAGAUGAAAGAAAGCAGCAAGAACCAGGAAGAAAUCAGUCACCUGAAACAAGAAAAUGGCUGCUUGAGGAGUGAGCUGAUCCUGGCAGUGGAAGAAGCACAGAGAAAGGACCAACUUUUUCAGUUUGCCAAGUCUAAGCAAGUGCGGAUUGAAAAAGAAUUGUCCAGUUUGCGACAGGUCUGUGCAAAACAGCAGAGGGACUUGCACUUCCUUCAUGUCAACUUUGAUAGCUCUCAGGACUCCAGGCAAAAACAUGAAAAUGCAUCAAGUAGAAGGAGCUCAGGGGCCACACUCCCUGCCUCUGAAAGCCCCAGCGAGACAGACAAGGGUAGGACUGAGGGCAGCCACAGGAUGUGCGAGGAGUGUGGAACUGCACCAGUUCCAGCAAGUAGGGUAAAACCCACCCCUGAGAUGUGUGAAGUAGAUAAUAGACAGUUACUGAAUGCUUCAGACUUGGAGGAAACUACCUCAGCAUUGUUAAACCAGUGUCAAAAAGCUGUGAAAGGCUUGGCCCUGCCUGUGGAAGAAGGAGAAAAGCAGGAUAUUGCAUCAAGCUUUGAUGAGCUAGACAGUGAAAAAUUUCAUGAGGUAAACAACACAAGGCCAUUGAGAAACAGGGAAAUUGGAGAGAAUAGAGUGAAAAGCAGAGACCAAAAAACCUUUGAGGUGUCUUUGCCUUCAUAUGAUCGUUGGCUUAAAAUCAAAUCUCAUGUAGAUUUGCAAAGCACUUUAAUCCAGAACAGCACCAGGUCUGACAAAACUGAUAAUGGAAACAAAACCUGGGAAGAGCGAUCUGACGCUGAGUCUGGCCAAGAAAGCAGAGAGACUCCUGUGACUUGCAAGUCUGACUCUGAUUCUGAUAUUAAUAACUUCAUUGUAAAUGAAGAUAAACGGUGGAAGCCACUCUCAGAUCUGGAAUGGCUGGAGAUUUUCAAAUCCAAAAAGAGAGAUGGAGAAACGCACCAUGGAAGAGAUUACAGCUGUUUGGAGACUGCACAAGAGAUGAAAUGUACCUGCUCAAAAAGGUUAUGAGUUUGUUGCCUUUAAGAAAUAAGCAUAAGCUAGACUUGCGUAGCAACUUAGGUGUAUAAACUCUCAGUAUUAUCUCAAGCUAUGUUAGAGUAAGUGCUGUUUUAAAUAUAGUUUUUCAACCUGAAAAGUAAGAAAUUUAAAAUAAAAAUAGCUCUUAAAGUA